UGCUCAGCUCGCGCAGUCGACACGGUUUAUUUCGACGGGCGCGCUGCGGGACAGCUGAUUUUGACGGGAGUAAGCGCGCGCCCGCCUUCUCUCUCUCUCUCUCUCUCUCUCUCUCUCUCUCUCAUUCACUCCUUCCGUCUCUUUUCCCCCCGUGUGUGUCAGACCGCUGUAUAUAUACAUAAACGCAGCGACGGCGGCGUCAGCGGACAGUGCGCGAGAGGCAGCGUCGAUCGCUGCACGGCUCUCCGUUUUUACUCGCCUCUAUAUAUACUGCCAGGCAACUACUGCAGCGCGUCGUCGCCCUCCGUCAAUUUUCCGUUUUCGACGCUCCUCGUCCUCGGAUAUACGCACAUCAGUACACAUCAGCGUGUAUAUAAGCAGUGCGCGAGUACGCGAGUAGUUGCGCGAGUGUCAGCGGAAAAUCGAAGCGGCCCCUGCAUGUCCGUGUGCAGAGGGCUAGGAUAUACAGCGCUAGCGUUACGUAGUAUAGUGCACGGACGGACUGGAGCGAGUAUAAUCGAGUAUAUUAUCGUCGCGUCGUCGGUGUGAAGUGUGCAGCAGUGUCGAGGAGGGAUUCCUGGAGCAGCGGGGCAUGCGGAGUAAGGAUCGACGAACCGAGCCGGACUCCAACUGCUACUGUUGCUGUUGCUGAUUCGAUCGUUGCUCGAGGUUACGUUGUUGCCUACUGGAAGGUGCGGCGCUAGAGGAUGGCAGACCUGAAGAAUCUGACGCUCGGCGCUGGCACUGGCUCGAGGUACAACGGAGACGAGCAGGUCCAGUUCAUACCGAGCGGAAGUCACCAGGUGACGAUACGCUCGCCACCUCCCUCUCUUCACCUCGAGAAUCUCAACAAUGCUGUCCUCGGGGGCUCGCAGAACAACCCCCAGUGCGCGUGCAACGGCGCGGCGACCAACGGCACGGCUGGCUCGAACUGCAACAGCGGAGUUCUGGCGCGCAAGGUGCCGAACCACAGUGGCGCCAGUCCGGGUCAGCCCUACAAGAAGCCCGGUGUCUCGCUGACCCACCUGCCGAAACGGCCGCCCGUCGACAUCGAGUUCAAGGAUCUCGCCUACAGCGUUUCCGAGGGCAGACAAAGAGGCUACAAGACUAUACUGAAAUGCGUGCAGGGGAAAUUCAGAUCCGGAGAGCUGACUGCCAUAAUGGGCCCUUCCGGCGCGGGGAAGAGCACGCUCAUGAACGUUCUCGCUGGAUACAAAACGUCGAAUCUCAGCGGCUCGGUGCUGAUCAACGGAAAGGACAGGAAUCUUCGGAGGUUUCGAAAGAUGUCCUGCUACAUCAUGCAGGACGAUCGGCUUCUGCCACAUCUGACCGUCUACGAGGCGAUGACGGUCUCGGCGAACCUCAAGCUCGGCAAGGACAUAAGCGCUGAGGCGAAAAAAAUUGUGAUCGAAGAAAUCAUUGAAACGCUCGGCCUAAGCGACGCGAGUAAUACGCAAACCCAUUGUCUCAGCGGCGGCCAGAGGAAGCGAUUGUCGAUCGCGUUGGAGAUGGUGAACAAUCCACCGGUCAUGUUCUUCGACGAGCCUACUUCCGGCCUCGACAGCUCUUCCUGCUUCCAAUGCCUCAACUUGCUCAAGUCGUUGAGCAGAGGAGGAAGAACAAUCAUCUGCACGAUCCAUCAACCAAGCGCGAGGCUGUUCGAGAUGUUCGAUCACCUGUACAUUUUAGCCGAAGGCCAGUGCAUCUAUCAAGGCAACGUGGGCGGACUCGUGCCCUUCCUCUCCUCGAUGUGCCUCGACUGUCCCGGCUACCACAAUCCUGCCGACUACGUGAUGGAAGUGGCCUGCGGAGAGCACGGCGAGUGCGUGCACAAGCUCGUCUGCGCGGUGAACAACGGCAAGUGCAACAACUACCAGCACCACCAGGCGGCCCUCCAAGCGGCCCAGACGGUCUCGAACGACAUCGCCAAGCAGUCGCCGCCCCAGGAGCACGAGGCCGGCGGCAAGGCCGAAAUGGCGAGCCUCGUGCCGAACGGCGUGGCCAAGCCAGCCCCGGCCGGUAACGCGACGACGAACGGCAGCAGCAACGGCAACGGCAAUGCCACCGUCCUCAACAUGCCCGUGUCCUGCACAACCUCGCUGCUCGACAGCGCCGAGAGCAUCGAGCAGAAGGUCGGCUUUCCCACCAACGGCUGGAUACAGUUCUGGAUCCUCUUGAAGAGGACCUUUCUUUCCCAGAUUCGAGAUAUGACGUUAACGAGGCUAAGGCUGAUUUCACAUAUUAUAGUUGGUUUUCUUAUUGGCGCAAUUUACUACGACAUUGGCAACGACGCCUCCAAGGCAAUGAGCAACGCUGGUUGCGUCUUUUUUACCGUCAUGUUCAUCAUGUUCACCGCCAUGAUGCCUACGAUUCUCACCUUUCCCGUGGAAAUGGCCGUGUUCGUGAGGGAGCACCUGAACUACUGGUACUCUCUCAAGGCUUUCUACCUGGCGAGAUCCUUGGCUGACAUACCAUUUCAGAUCGUCUACUCGGUGGCUUACGUCAUAAUAGUCUACUUCAUGACGUCGCAGCCGCUGGAGAUCGACAGGUUUCUCAUGUUCCUCAACAUUUGCAUUUUGACAUCACUGGUCGCCCAGUCGAUCGGUCUGCUGAUAGGCGCAGCGAUGAGCGUCGAGAGCGGCGUGUUCAUAGGUCCGGUGACGUCGGUGCCGAUAAUCCUGUUCUCCGGCUUCUUCGUCAACUUCAACGCGGUGCCGGCCUACCUGAGAUAUCUCCCGUACGUCUCGUACGUUCGCUACGGCUUCGAGGGCGCGAUGAUCAGCGUCUACGGCUACAACCGCAAGUCGCUCAAGUGCAGCGAGGACUUCUGCCUGUACAAGUCGCCGCGCAAGUUCCUCAACGACAUGUCGAUGGACAAGGCCGUCUACUGGAUCGACGCGGUCGCCCUCAUCAGUUUCCUCAUAGCCCUGCGCGUCGUCGCCUACUUCGUGCUCAGGCUCAAGCUGCGCUCGCUGCGCUAAAGCGCGACAACGGACAUUAUUCUCUCUUAUAUAGGUAUCGUUUCGCCAGCCGCGUAUUUUCAGCCUCCGCACACCGACUUAUACAUAUAGACAAUAAUGAUGUCGGAGGUAAGAGAGAUCAGACUCUCAAUUUAUUACACACGACGCGCGAGACAGCGCCGAAUCGGUUCUUAUUGUACAGAGGGCUAUGUAUUAUAAUACUCCCCGAUGCAGUACUGCCGAACGUUCUUUCGCGCGUUUCUUUUGUAUAGUGCCAACGACUUGCUCGUCGCGUCGCGUCAUUCUUAUUACAUCAUCAUUUUUUUUUUCAAAAGCGCACUCAUUGUAUUACCUCUAGGAUAAUUAUUUCCUCCUUCUGCAAUAGUAUUAUUAUACACAUUGUACACGCAGAACAAAGAUGAAUGAAGCGUUGUUGGCAUUAUAGAGCUCGCGUGGGCUAAUGACUUCAGAAAGAUAACGUAAUUUAUUAUAUUAUAAUCGAAUAUACCCGACGUAGAUUUCGCGCUGUCUCGACGGCCGAACAUCUUUUUUUACUUAUAAUAUAAUAUAAUAGAGAUGAAGGGGAAAAAUUGUACUAAAACGAAAUAUUAUGAUCUCGAGGGGACGAGCGACGAGUCGACCGCCACAAUCGCGCUGUCGUUCGCGUACGCUGUAAUAGGAACAAAGUGUAUAAUAAAAAUGACGAAAUAACCAUACGAACAGGACGAUUCACGAUUAUCACACUUUACACUCUCACACAUUCACACACUCACACGGACUCGCGCGCGAUGUAUACCGAUAGUUUUUACGCUAGUUUUCAAGUCGCUUCGUCGACGUAUGUACAACCACGCUGUAAUAUGAUGCGCGCGUAGUCGAAGCCGACGCGCUAUGUCUUUUAUAUAAACAAUAGAACGAACCCAGAGGGAAAGUUGUAAUAGCGAGAGAAAGCGAGAAAAACGAAGCAGAAAAGAAAAAAAAAUAUUGUAUCAACGUAUGUCGACUCGAAA